GUGGUGGUGGCGACGACGACUGUGUCUGACGAGAGAGAGAGAGAGAGUCAGCUUCUCACCGAUGUCUGUUGUGUAUCAUCUUGUCUGCUUUCAUUUAUUGUAACAUACAUUCGUGCAAUAAACACAGACACACAACACACACUCAUACAUACACCCACCUAUACAUACAUAUCCAUAUAUAUAUAUAUAUAUAUAUAUACAUAUAUAUAUAUAUAUAUAUAUAUAUAUACAUAUAUAUAUAUAUAUAGGCACACACACAACAGCUUUACACCUAUGUGGAGGUGAGGAGGUGAGCUUUUUCCCCAGCUUCACUGCGACAGGAGAAGAAGACUUUGAAUAUAUUCCAGAAUAUUAAACUUGGACAUAAUUAUGUGACCCUAACUCUAAUCACCAUUGGAUUGUAACUACUCUAUUCGGAUAUUACUUGUAUAUGAUCCAGCCUUUGCUAGAGGAAUGGCUAUCCUUACUACUUGUGAAAUUUAAAGUCAGAUGUACCUGGAUUAUCUAAAAACAAUGGAAAGUUACCUUGUUCAAACUCAAGAGGAUUUGGCUCAUCUAUUUGAUUAUAAAACUGUUCAUGUUGUUUUGGGAAAUGAAUCAGCUGAUCUGGAUUCUGUGAUUUCAUCUCUAGUUGAAGCAUUUUAUUUGUCUCGAACAAACAAAGCAGAUGAUGUGCUUAUCAUUCCUGUUAUAAAUAUUUGCCGGAGAGAUGUCCACUUAAGAAAGGCAUUGCAUCAUGUGUUGAAGCAACAAGGAAUUCUCUGUGAUGAUUUGAUAUAUCGUGACGAUGUUGACCUCCAGAAACUCCAUUUCCAUCAGAAGCUCAAGCUGACCCUUGUUGACCAAAAUGUUUUGCCUUUAAAGGAUGUUUCCUUGGAAGAUUGUGUCAUUAGUGUUAUUGACCAUCGUCCGAGAGAAAGACCAGAGUCCAGUGGAUGUGAAGUCAACAUAGAACAAGUUGGGUCUUGUUGCACACUCAUUGCAGAACAAAUCUUCACCAGUCACCAGCCGAGUACAAUUGAUGAAAAGGUGGCUGCUCUUUUGUUCAGUACCAUUAUUUUUGAUACUAUAAAUAUGAGUAAAGAAGCUAAACGUGGAACUGCAAAAGAUGAAGAAAUACUGCAGCGCUUGGAAAAUAUUCUACCAAAUUGCAAUCGCUGUGAUGUUUUUGAACAAAUCAAUAUUGUUAAAUACGAUAUAAGUGGAUUCACAAGUUUGGAUGUUUUAGAGAUGGAUUUGAAAGUAAUAUCAAAAAACGAUAUCAAUAUUCCAAUGUGUUCAGUAACAGUACCUAUUGAAGAUCUCAUUAAAAGGGAUGACUUUGAAAGCAGUUUGUAUAAAUUAUCAGAAUUACAUGAUGCUAAAGCAAUUGUCAUAAUGUGUAUGGUGAUGUUGAAUAAAGACAACAUAAAACAAGACCUUGCUGUUUUCUCAAUGUUUAAACCAGCACUUGAUAAGAUAGUGGACGUGUUGUGUAGUAGCAGCGAGCCAUCUUUGCAACUUGAAAGAAUUCCUUAUGAAUCAACCAAUUUAACAAUAUUUUCACAAAAGAAUAUCGUAAUUACUCGUAAAAAAGUGCUUCCAAUACUAAAAUCUCUUAUCUCUAAUGAAGAUUUUUCUAGGCUCUUUGAAAAUCCAGAUCAAAUCAAUGGUGCUAGACAGGAUAGUGAAUUGGCAUCUGGUGGCAUUGCAGGUGUUAUUGAAGAUAAUAUGAAGCAUGGGAAUAAAUAUAGUGACAGUGCAUCAUCGUUAAGUGGUACUUCUAUGAGUGGUACUGAUACAUCUACCGAAAUGUAUGAGACCUUCAGUCCGACUACAAAUAUAGAUCAAUCUGCUAUGCAAAUUGACAAUGCUGUUUUCGUAUCUAAAAUGCAAACAAAACCUGAUGCUGCUGACCAUAAUAAUUCUCACAUUGUGUUAGCAAAUGUAGAUAAUUCGCUCAAUGAUAGUGAAUACAAUUCCACAAUUGAUAACAUGCAUUUUUUAAAUAAGCAACAUAAUGUUGACAAUAUGGUUUGUAUGACAAGUGACCAACCUCUUAUUACUGUUGGUACCGAGAAGGCAAUAGUGCAUCCUGAAGCAUCUUCUGGUAUUGCAAGUCCAAUGGAGAUUGUAUCAGAUCAAACUUCAGAACAAGGCUCAAGUUAUCCUGUAACACCACCAAAUAGCUUCAUGGACUCUAAUUUUGGAAGUUAUAUGAAAGAUUAUCAUUUACCCAGUUUCAAUAGUGCUGAGAUGGUGAAAAGAAUCAAUGAUAAAAAGGCUUCUCUUCAUCCUUAUGAAGAUAUAGAAGUUUGUGGAAGCAACAACAAGAAUGCUUCAUCAAAUUUUCCAUACACACCUCAGAACAGCUUUGUUGAAAGUGAAUUUGAUAGUAGUUUUGCUAAGUCGAUAACUCCUGACAGUAUCGAAGAUAUUUUAGGGAAAAUCGAUGAGGCAAAUAAUCAUUCUAGAGCUGCUAUCAACCCUGAUUAUGCAAAGCGGUCCAACGGAGAAAACAUUGGUUUUCAUUGUUGUUCUGAUUUUGAAACUGAAACCGUUAGUGAACCUAUAGAUACGAACGAUAUUGCGGAUGUUGCUUAUUCCUUGGCAAAUGAAAUAAUUCAGAACUCGCUGGAAACUUAUCCUUGUGAAGAUAAAUUAAAUGAAAGUCUACAGGUUGAGGAAAAGCGAUUAACUCCCCUUGUUAAAUCUCGGAGUGAAGGUACAACUAUAGAUUUGUCAACUAAAAGUGAAUGUCCGAAAUCUCAAAGUGACGUUAUAAAUUUGUCAAACGUCCUUGAAACAGACUACGCCAGACAGUUUGAUCCAUUCAAUGGCAGAAUGGAUUAUUCUCCUUUCUCCUUAGAUUAUGCUGAUUACAUGGCCAAAAGAGGAGUUGCAGAAAGUGCUUCGAAAAUCAGUUGGGGAUCCUACUCUGACGAUAUUACAGUGAGUUCAGAGAGCACGAAAUCCGAGGAAGGAGUUCACGUGAAAAAAUCUGAAUCUUGUGACAGCAAAACCAAAAUUGUCAACGAUAGUAAAAUAAAAAGCUCCAAUUCAUUACCUGAAGUCUCAUUACAAAGUUUUCCAAAAAUCAUUAAACCUCCUGAAAGUAUUCUAAGCAGUAUUGACGACAACCUUUCCGAUUUGACAACUGUAUCACCGACGAAAAGUAAUCUUGCUCAUGACAUUUCAAACAGUGAUAUGGAAGGGGAAUUAGCCAUUGAAGAAGAUUCUGAUCUCGAAGACGGAGAGAGAGAUUUUGCUGCCCAGUUAAGGGAAAAAUUGACUCAAAUUGGGAACACCGGUGAGUUGAAUUUUCCUGGGUUCCAGCACGAAGGUAUUUUUUCUCCAGAAGAAUUAAAAUCUGGAAUCAAGAGAAUGACUAAUUUAAACACCUCUGAUUUCAAUCAAAUUGCUAAUUUCUCUGCUGAAGAUUUACGUGAAAAACUGGAAAAGAUUGCACUUGAUGAAAACGGUGCUGUUGGUGGGUUGCGAGAGUUUAAUGCCUACGACAGUGAUUCCGAUUCAGAAACUAGUUUAACUACUUUAGAAGGCAACCUCCAUGCAAAUGAAUCUGCUAGUCUUUCUCCAAGACCUUUAAGUAGUGGGUUGAUGGAAAUUAUUGAGGAAAAUGAAGAAGAAGAAGAAGACAAUGAAGAAAAUUGCGAAGAAGUUUUUCCAAAAGUUUCUGAAUCUUUAAAGUCAUUCCAAAAUGAGAACAUAUCACUCUUUAAUAAAACGCCUUUGCAAGAUAAUACUCUAAGUUCUCGUGAAAAUAAAGAAGCUUCUCUGCAAAGUGAAGCCAAUGUUGGGACAAGUAGUGAAAAUAAAGUUAAUAAUAAAGCAGAACCAGUCGUUCUUCGGAGACAUGGAAACAAAGAAGUGUUCCAUACAACAGCAGGAAGGAUUAGUAUUUCUAUUGACAAUACAGCAGGUGAUCCUUCUUCAUCCGUAAACACCGACAGAGAAAGUACAGAAGAAAUUGGUAUUUUGGAUUACAAACAGACACAUCGUGAGGUAGGAGAAAUCUUGGCUCGGGUUAAAAGCGCCAUUAUGCGUGCAGAUGCUGAGCUUAUGUUGUCGUCGUCAUCUUCGUCCGUAUGUACUGGUGUGGAUGCUUGCUUGCAGUCGGACAACAAGGUUCGAGCUGAAGGGCUUCAUCAAGUACAACACAAGAAUGCUUCAUCGUCCAAGCUACAGCAGUGUGUUGACCAUCCAUUAGCAGAAACUGCAGACGAUAUGAAACCUUUUCAAAACUCUGAAAACAAUUGGCACAAUGAAGACGUCUUUAUUGCCUCCGACUUAUCAACUGCCAUGGAGGAUAAUGCCAAAGUGAAGAAUAACCCUCAAACAGUUUCAUCACAUGAAAAUACUAUGUCCCAUCAUGAGAAUGAAAACAGUAUUGCAAUAAAUGAUGAAGAAACCCGACCUGUGCGACCGUCCACUCUGCAAACAAUUCGUCCCAAGAAGAAAAUCAGACCGAAUGUGGAAUUAUUUGAUGAUGAAGAUGUCGAAGCUGACAACUGCACUCCACCAGUUGACUGUAUGUUGGGGGAUAUAGAUGACCUCCAGACUCCAGAAGAUUUGGAUACUCCUGAAGAAAUCGAUCCAGAAGGCUUGGAAGUUGACUGGGAAAGUGAGACUCCACUAGAGUCUCCCAGUACCAUUCCUGAAUACACUGCUGAACAAGAAAACACUGAUUCGAAACACUGGAAAUCAAUCGUAAUUGGGGAAAAGCAUUUCCGUAUUGAUAUGAAAGUAGUGGAACCUUACAAGAAGAUAUUAUCUCAUGGAGGUUAUAUGGGUGAAGAUCUCAAUGCAAUCAUUGUGUUCUCUGGUUGUUUCCUUCCGGAUCGAGGACGAAAAGAUUACAACUAUGUUAUGGAUAAUCUUUUCUUAUACGUAACAAGUACUUUGGAGCAACUCGUGGCUGAGGAUUAUAUGAUCGUGUUCUUUCAUGGUGCCACACCUCGCCGACAGAUGCCUGGCUUCAGCUGGCUGAAGCGAUGCUACCAAAUGAUUGAUCAUAGAUUAAAGAAAAAUUUGAAAGCUUUGCUCUUGGUCCAUCCUACUUUAUGGUUAAAGACGAUUGUUAUGAUGACUCGACCAUUUAUAAGUUCAAAAUUCUACUCAAAACUCCAUUAUGUGAAAACUCUGGAAGAAUUAUCUAAAAUGGUUCCAAUGGAACAUAUUUAUGUGCCUGAUCAAGUGAAAUUGUAUGAUGAACACUACUCCAGUUACCACUCCAAUUCUACACCUUCUACCCCCUCCUCACCCACCACAUUCUUAGCACCAAGAUGAUUAACAGAUUGGACCGAUUGAUGAAACUCAACCCAAAAACUGUUUGUCAAGAACGCUCACAGAAGAACAGUUUCUUUCCUGAUAUUCCAGCAAAUUCCAGCUCAAACAACUAGUUCUGCUGAUAACAGCCCACAACAAACAUUACGAAUAGUCUCCACCAGUCUGCAGCAUUCUAUCCUUGCUGCCAUUUUUAAUCCCACCAAAGCUGCUGCUACUAAACCAAACGGACAACAGAAUUUCUAGUGCAACUUCACUGCUGCAUCAAACAGCACCCAGCUGGCCUCAAUGAAGUACCACAGCCUCAGUAGCAACAAAUGUUAUUAUCAACAACAACAACAACUUUAGCUGGUUCCCACCUUUUCAACAGCUUCUCUUUGUAUGUCGAAAGAAAAACCAAAAAAAAAAAAAAAAUCAGCUUUUCUAGUCAUAUCACUGAUAAGAAGAUAUUUUCACCUACCUUCACACCACAAUAAUAAUAAUAAUAAUAAUAACUAUUUCUGCUGUUUCUUUAACACUUGUUACUUUCCUGCAACAGCUUGGUUCAAGGACGACUUCCCUUUGGACACAACUGAGCUUUCUAUUGCAAAAGUCAACUGAUUCUUAGUUUCUGACAUUUUGUCUUUCUAGUAAUUAAAAUGUCAGGGCAAAAUACCACAAAAGCUGUCAUACAAAUGGGUUUUAUUAUUAUUAUUACUGUUAUUGUUGUUAUUAUGAUUGAUUUUUUAACUUUAACUGAGUUUCUUCCCAUCGCUCCUGAACCAUUUCAGCAGAUCUCAUGGAUAUUAUUAAUUGUUCUUCUGGAUUCCAAUAAAUUCUGUAGCAGGAACUUAAAAGAUUCACAAAGUUAUUUGAAUGGCAGAAAUUCCUCUCAGCUAAGUGACUCAUAGACUUGUUUUCUUUUUUUUUUAACAUUAGAAAAAUGUUUGAUCAUAAAUUUCUGUCUUUAAGUAUUCAGCUUUGAUGGAUAUAAGUUAUAUGGUCGAAUUAAUUUCUAAACUGAAGGAAAAAACAAUGAGUUUUUUAGGUUUUUUUAUUAUUCAACAGCUUUCUUCAGAUUGCCACAUGGAAGGCAGAUUUAUAAAUAUAUAUAAUGUCUGUUAAAGCUUUUCACAGACUUUGCUGCUACCAAAGGAAUUGUACAGCAUUUCGACAAACAAUUUGCAUAACAAACAUCAUGAGAUUUGCUUCUUUUUUUUUUUUUUUUUGUAAAGGAAAUUGUUAUAAAGUUGACUAAUUUCUAGGAUGGGAUAUUUUGAUGCCACAGACUUGAAUAACCCUUAUUUACAAAUGUAAAACUAUUUAUGUGAAUGACGUUAAAUAAAAAAAGGGGACCAAAAUAACUAAUUUCUACCUGGUACUUUAUAAUUUACAUUUCGUUUAUUUAAGGAAAUUAAAUAUUUCUUAAUCGGUUUCUUUUUAGAUAACUCUUUUUUUUUUGCUUAGUUCCCUCUGUCUCAUAAAUAUUUUCAACAACAAUUUUAUCUUAAAACAAUCCAUGUACUUUGUUAGAAUCAAAGUAAUUAAUUGUAGCAGUUUUAUUUUUCGUUACUUUAGUCUGAUGAAAUGCUCUUGAAAAGCAUGGAUUACAAAUAGUUUUUUUGUUUUUAAAUUUAUUUAAAUUGUUAUAUUUACUUGUUUGUUAUUGGAAAAAAUCCUUCUGGGACUCAGAGCCAUUUCGUAUCAUGGCUGUAUUUUUUCUAUUGUUAUUUUAGUUAUCAUUUGCCAAAAUUUUAAAAAUAACUAAAAAAAAAAGACCAUUUUACCGAAUAUUUUACCAUCCCUUGAAUUUGCUCUCUGUUACAAUUCAGUGAUUUUUUUUCAGCCAUUCUCCAAUCCUCAAAGAGUCCAAGAUGCAAGGGUGUAAAUAAGUAUUAUAGAGGAAGGCAACACAGUUGUCAGCUGUUUACGGAACCAAAAUAAGAAACAAUGAAACUAUUGGUUGCUACUUCAUUCCUUUAUCAUUCACACAAAAUUUAUUUUAAAACCGUCUUAUUUUGGGUUUAACAUUUUAGUUCGUCAUGGAAUCACAGAUAUUUUAUAAAUUCAUGACGGUUCUGUCUGACCAAAUUAGGCAGAAUCCCUUACUGUGCCGGACAAAAUACUUAGCAGUAUUUCUUCCAGUUUUACAUUCUGAGUUCAAAUGCUGCCAAGGUUGACUUUCCUUUCAACCUUUUGAGGUCAAUAAAAUAAGUACCAGUUGUGUACAGGGGUCAAUGUAAUUGACUUACCCUCCCCUAAAAUUGCUGGCCUUGUGCCAAAAUUUGAAACCCUUAUUAUUUAGUUAACACUGUCCACUUCACAGCUAACAGAUUGUUCAAUGUUAUCCAUGCUCUUUAACAUAAUCAACCCACACGAUUUACUCACCACCACACAUCAAAUUCUAUUUUAAUUCUACAGCUUCUUGUUCCAUCUCAUUAAUAUUUGCAGGAAAAGCAAGAAGAGUGUUUUUAGUUUAGCAAACCAUCGAUCUGUAUAUAUAACCCAUCAUUAUCUUCCAUAUAAACUGGCAUUUCUUGGGAAAUGGUGAGCUGAUAGCUAUUGGGUCCUAAGAGACUGAAACGUUAGAAAGAUGACAGAGCUUUCCCUUCCAAACUGAAAAUUGCUUUUAGUUUUGUUUUGUUAAAUUUAUUUUUCUGACUUCUAUAACUAAUGAGAAAAUAUAGUUGUACGGAUGUGGGUUGUCUGUAUGAGAGAGAAAGAAUGCAAAAGAAAAAGCGAAUAUAUUUUAUUUCCUCACUUUUGAGGAGGCAUGUCCCCCGCUUCUGUGGGCAUUCACCUUUGCUAUGUUCCGACAUGAACUUAUAUUUUGAUGCAUAAUUUUACAGCCUUCCUUUUGAUCAGCCCUCCUAUACAACAUUGAAGACUGUCAGUUCGUUAGUUAUUUUUGGGUUUUUUUAUACAAUAUAUGAUAUGACAACUUUCUUAUUUCUAUCAUUAAAAUAUAAGUUGGGUUUUUUUUACAUACAAUUUUCUUUUUCUUCCACAUUGGUGAUUUCAGAUCUGAAAUCCAAACCCAAAGAAGAUAGAAUAUUCUAGAAAAGAAAAACAAAAAGGUGUUGAAAAGGGUGUGAGGAAGAUAAUUUUUUUUUUUAUCAGUAAAACAAUGUUUCACUUUGAAAUUGUCUUAGCUCCACUUUUAUAUUUGAUUAGCAAUCUAUAAUGGAAAAUUAUUGAUUCUACCUUGAUGGUAUCUGCCCGGUUAUAACUUGUAAGCAAGGAGUAUAUUUAUUGUGAAUUUGCAUAUUGGUCAGUGUACAGACAUGGGGGGGGGGAUACAAAGGAAUGCAGUUUGGAAUGAAUCAGCCAUGCAGAUAUAGGGGGUGUUUUUAAUUAGGGAGUGUGUUCAAUAGUGGGACACACUCGAACCCUAGCUUCUCAUUGACAUGUAUUUUCUAGGUUUAUAAAAGUCAGAAAAGAUGAGAUUUUUUCUCAAUGAAGUGAAGAUUUCUUCACAUCAGGAAUUAAAAAUAAGAUGCAAAUUCAUUUGGGAAGAAGUAUUACAAGUUCUUUUUAGCUUUUAGGUAUAUUUCUCUUAGAGACAGAGAAAAAUAUAGCUGAGACAUCUUUAGCUUUAUUCACAUUUACACACACAAAGGAAGUGAUGAGCAAAAGCUUGGAGAAAGUUCUGCAAAAGCUAUCAGAUCCCUCAUCAUUUCAUUCUGUACAGGUGUAGAUUAAAUCUUAGUGGCUUUCCCCUCACAAUUUACGAUUUCAUUUAUUCUGUCUUCAUCAUGGAAUUACUAACGACACUCAUCUUGAAGCAAUUAGAUUAAUUAUGCUUUUUUUUUUUUUUUUUUUUCAUUUAUAAAUUUGAUAUAGAAUUUUAUAGAUACUGAAUAGAAAAAACUGUGGAUGUAACCGAUUCAAGUACUAAGGUCCAAUAUAUACAGUUAAUCACACCCACCCCCUUGUCAAAAUUGCUGGCCUUGUGCCUAUAACAAAGGAUUAUUAUGCAUCACUGUUCAGCAAUCAAAAUUCCUACACAGCAUUCAUUUGCUAAAAUAAUUUCUCAAUUGCUUUAAGAAAAAAAAGUCCUGGGGGUCAAUUCUUUUGACUAAAAUUCAUCAAAGCGCUGCCCCAGCAUGACCAGUCUUAUGGCUGAAGCAAGUAAAAGAGAAAUACACAUUUCAGUAGUAUCUUCUUUUGUUUAACUUUUGUUUUUCCUCGUAUUUUAGAAAUAUUACAAUUGAGAUUUUUUUUAUUCCCUUCAAUGUUUGAGAAAAGACAGUUUCACCUAUCCGCCCCACCCCUCCGUCUGUGCUAAAUAUAAACAAAAAAAAGUGUUUAAUUUGUAGUUUGAACUUUGGUUGGUUGUUUUCAACAACAUUACUGUCUAAUUUUUAUAUAUAUAUAAAUAAGAAUAAAUCUAUUUCAUUGAUAAAUCUUGUGCAAUUGCAAUAUUUAGUCCAAGUGCUCACCAAAUAACAAGACAAUCUGUGAUACUCGUGUUAGAAAUGUUUUGUGUGUCGAUAUAUAUAUAUAAAGCAGGUUUUGCAGCUGCUGCACAAUAGCCUUCCCCAUUUCCCUUGCUUCAUGAAUAAUUAUAACGCAUACCACUACCCCGACCCAUGAACACUGAAAGAAAAAAAAAAAAAAAUUCCACUUCAAGAAGAAAACCAUUUAAAGUUCUAUGAAACAUUUCUCAACAUUUAGUUUGGUAAUUUUCAGUUUAAAAGUGAAAGUGAAAUAUUUACAUUAUAUUAAUUAUUUUUUUCAAGUUAAAAUUUGUUUUCUUUCAAAUUGAAAAGUUUCAUUUUCUAUGUAUUCUAGUUUAGAGUCCCUACAGUAACUGAGUUAUGGGGUAACUUUUCCAAUACCAGUGAAUGUAUUUCUUAAGUAUUUCACUUAAUUCCUCAAACGAGACUGUCGCUACCCGGAUAUAACCCAAGUUUGUUAAAUUUCAAUACAAACACAUUUCUGCACGCACAUCAAAAAGAAAUUUUAAAAUACCAAAACAUUAAUGGUUCAUAAAUUUUUUUAAAGUUCUCAGUGUAACAGAAAACAAAAUUUAAAUUGCUCAUCUUAACAACGUUGUUACUAUAUAAUCAGCUUUUCCUUAGAAUUUUAGUUUAAAAUUUUUGACUACACACUUGUCAGAAGUUGAUAGCUUUGAUUAGAGCUCUGUAACUAUGUUACCAACGACAAAGCUUCUUCAUAUAAGGCAUUAAAAAUACAUCAAAUUUAAGGAAUUUCUUCCAAAAGAGGAUUUCUUUUUAGAGAGUAUAUUUGAGCUUUCAUUGCACUGUUUUAUAGCCCAAUAUUUUUAGACUAAAUUGAAGAUUUUGCCUUCAAAUUAAACUGAAACACAGGUCCUGUUGUGAAAGAAAAUCUUUCAACUGAUCUAUUGUUGGGUGGAGAGAAUGAAAUCCUUAUAUUAAAAGCUUUUGAUAAAUUAGAUGAAGCUUUCAGGUCGAUCUGGUAAUAUAAAAUGUAAUAGAUUUUAGAUGCUCAACAGAGAAAGGAACAUGAUCUCCAACUGGCAGUUGUUGAAAGAAAUAGCCUGUUGAAUGUGUACAUACAGAAAGAGAGAGAGACAUAUUAAUAGAUCUAACACUUGAGGAUUAGAAAUCUUAUAUUCUGUAAAGAUUUGCUGCUGAACUUUCACGGCUCACAUCUCAAGUGUGUCUGUUUUAGUUGAGGAUGCAUUCAAUCUAAACUUGGUUCCGAAUAACAAUUUAACAGAUUAAAAGAAAAAAAAGAGAAUUAAAUAAUGAAUUUCUAAUGAAAACCUAGUCAAAGUUCUAUUAUUCUCCCUCUGCUUAAUUCAUUAAGAAAAUAAAUUUUUUCCAUAUAAUUAGUAGACAAAUGUUGCUGUUGCUAGUGAAAAACCACAAAUUGU